AUGAGCUCAUCUCUGCUACUGCCCAAUCCUUGCUUGUUAGGUAUUAUUUUUACAGUUGCUACACAUGACGGCAAUCACAUGGUAUUUCACUACCCACCAAAACCGAAUGGAUUUGGAUUUCAAGCAACACCCUUGGAUAUCAAUGAAGUCCACAAUGAAGUUGAAGGUUUGCUAGUUUCUAGUGACUCCGAUAUAUCUUAUGAUGAUGGUGAUGAUAAUGAGCUAGAUGAUGGUGACUUCGGGGAUGAGGAGGACGAAGCAUUAGAAAGUAAUAGCGAUGAGAGCUUGUAUUCUUCUGAUGUGAGGGAUGAUGGAUUUGAGAGCAGUGACAUGGCAUGUUCUGAAGGAAAAAGUAGUAGAAGCUUAAGUGGAGAAAGUUAUAUUCAAAGUGGCUCUGCUGGGACACAUAAUAGAGCAUCAUGGUCCUCUAACAAUCGAUAUCAAUCUGGUCGAGAUUUAUUAGAAAUGUUGUACGACUUAGACCAACGGAAGAAAAAAAGAAAACAAAUUGCAAGGAGAAGGAAUAGAAAGAAGACUAGAGAAGGGAGUACUAAAAAGGAACAAGAAAUUCAAAGCUUAAAAUCAUCACUGAAGACAUCAAAGAGUUACAUUGAAAGUGAUACGUUGAAGAAAAAAGAAUAUAGAAUACAUAAACUUUUUUCAUUUGAUACGGAGUUCUUAAGUGAUCUUGCAACACCACCAAAGGCAUUAUGUAAUACCAGGUUUGAACUAACAGUUGAAGAUAUGGUUUUUUUAGGUUUGCCAAUUCAUAUAAACGAUGACGGUAAUUGGAGAGUAAGCAAAAAGUCGACGAGAUCUAGAAGUAAAAGUACAUCGACAAAUCAAAAAUCAAGAAAACAUUCCAUCCAUGAUAUCAAGCUCAGUGGUCAUUCUCCAAUAAUGAGUAAGAAGUCCGAGCUUGAUGGAAAAGACCAACCUAAAGAAAGCGCUACUGAUCUUGAUGUGUUAGUCUACGACGGUGAAAAGACAGUAGAGAAGAACCACAUGUACCAGUUUAACAUGCUGUUCGUUCUAAACCCCCCUGUUGUCGAGUACAAUCACCGUAUCGAUGAGAUGUUUCACUAUAUUGUAAGUCGAGUUUCAUUAUUGUUGAGAUAUGAACAACAAAAAACUAACUAUGUAUGGAUUGAAUCUCAAAAAAUAUUAAAGCUAAGGGAAGAAUUGGUAAAUCUACCAAUCAAGCAGCAAUGGAAAUCUAUUAUUGAAAAAUCAUCUUUGGCUAAAGUGAUUGCUGACACAUAUAAAGCGGUAUCAAAAUCUGAGAUUGUGAACAUCGAAAUUAAUGGAAAAUUGAAUUCGUUCCAAAUACCAAUCAAGAAGGAGUUUAUUAGACUACCGCCAAGUUAUCUUGAGUUGCCUGAAAAUUCGUCCCUCUCAUCAAUUUCUCCAUUCAACCAACUAAACAGCUUUGAAUCAUCAACAUCCUUGGAUCAUAGCAACGAUAUCAUGGGGUAUUUUGCUUUAAUCUUGUUGGAUGAUUGUGAAAGAGUUAUUAGAGACAUUAAAGCUGAGAAGGAUUCAUUAAUUGCUGGUUUUAUAAGAAUGAUAAAACCGAAUGAAUCCCUCCAGAGGUUAUCGAUUCUAAGUGGACUAGACGCCCAAGAGGUUCGAAUGUUUGCCAAUCAUUUAGUAUAUUGGCGAAGAGCAAUUGCUAUUUUACCUCUGACAUCAAGAAAUACAUAUAUAUGCUCACCCAUCUCCCCGCUAAAAAAUAUACAUAGAGAUUCUGAAAGUUUCAAUCAGAUUUUCCCCAACCUACCUUCACUACCUUCUUUUUUAUCAAUGAUAUCAGAAGUCUCAAAAAAUAAACCCAAACCAAUAAGCAAUAUCAUACCGAGUAGAGAUCAUAGAGAUCUAUAUAUGGAUGCAAUAGCUUGGUUAUUGAAAAAGGGAUAUGUUAUCCAGCUGUUCACUUUCUUAUACUUGAAAAUUUCUAAAGGUAUCAAGAUUCAAGUUGCAGAAGAGAUUGAAAUAGAAAUCAAAAAGAAGCAAGAAUUUAAGAAAAAAAGCCUCUUAUUAUCAAACAGUAAUGAUGAAUCAUUAGACCACCUUGAGCAGAAUGAUAUUACCAAAAAAAAACAGCGAUCCAGUGUAUCAAACGAUGAUAUUGAUGCCACUCUGGACGACCUUGUUGAAGGGCUCAAUAGUUCAAGUUUGAGGAUUGAAACCGAAAAAGAUAAGGAAGGAAGCUCAGUGAUGGAACUGGAUAAUGUGAGUGUCCAAGACAUGGAAAAUAAGAGCGGCUAUGAAAGUUUUGGCAAUAGGAGGACAGAUAAUUCCACAGAGAUUGAUGGAAUCUCGGAGACAAAAAAUGUGAGUGACAAUUCUUCAAAAAUGCCAGGUCCGGAUAACAACGGUUCAAAAGCCAGAACAUCCAGCCUCAACUAUGCUGCAGACAAUUAUGCAGGGAGAAUGAUUAAUUACAGUGGAUCUAAGAAGGAGUCUGAAUUAGACCUUGAUAAUGCAAAUUCCUCGUUAGAAUCCAAUGGUUACUACAAUAUGUACGGGACACAAAGGAAAAUUCAGUUCGAGGAAGAGGAAGAGGAAGACACAAUCUUAUUAGAGCCCGAAGUCUGUUCUGCAUUGGAGAGAAGAUGGAUAGCAAAACUUGUGGAAGGGCAACCUACUGAGAUCGUUAAUCUCUUUUACAAGGUUCUCAAGCACAUGAAUGGACGUAAUGCGGCCGAAGUAUUCCUAAUGCAAGAGAAUAUCAGCCGACAUGAUUUCAAGAAAUUGUUGGAUGCCUUGGGUGAAUCCAUCGUCAGUGUACGUCACUGGUGA